GAGGCGGAGUUUCAACGGAGGGCUUAUUCCUCUUGCCUCCCGCCUCUCCCUAGAGGUGGAUACCCAGUAGUCCAGCGGCGUAGGAGCCACCUUCCUUCCUGGCGGCUGCAACCCCUCGAUCUCCCGCCGAAGUCUCCAGGCCUGAGAGCCUGGCCGAACAUGGCCUUCGCUACUGUGGCAGCAGCAAGACUGGGCCUUAGCCGGGCUCCUUCGCUCCUCCGGCGUGGCUACCAGACGGAGAGGGGUGUCUAUGGCUACCGGCCGAGGAAGCGUGAGAGCCGGGAGCCCCAGGGCGGCCUGGCGCGUCCCCCAGUGGAUCACGGCCUUGCCAGGUUGGUAACCGUAUAUUGCGAGCACGGUCACAAAGCAGCCAAAAUCAACCCCCUCUUCACUGGCCGAGCGCUGCAGGAGAAUGUGCCUGAAAUCCAAGCCCUCGUGCAGACUUUGCAGGGACCCUUCAAUACUGCAGGCUUAUUGAACAUGGGGAAGGAGGAGGCCUCUCUCAAGGAAGUCGUGGCCUAUCUCAACCAGAUCUACUGUGGGCAGAUUUCUAUUGAAACGUCCCAGCUUCAGAGCCAGGAGGAGAAAGACUGGUUUGCCAAGAGGUUUGAGGAACUGAAAAAGGAGGCAUUUACCACAGAAGAGCGAAAACAUUUGUUGAAACUCAUGCUAGAAUCUCAGGCGUUUGACCACUUUUUGGCCACCAAGUUUGCCACGGUGAAGCGAUACGGAGGCGAAGGGGCUGAAAGCAUGAUGGGCUUUUUCUACGAGCUGCUGAGAAUGGCUGCCUACAGCGGGGUCACCGAUGUCAUUAUUGGGAUGCCCCAUAGAGGGAGGCUGAACCUACUGACAGGCCUUCUGCAGUUCCCUCCAGAGUUGAUGUUCCGUAAAAUGCGAGGCUUAAGUGAAUUUCCGGAAAACGUCUCCGCCGUUGGCGAUGUCCUGUCUCACCUGACCUCCUCGGUUGACCUGGACUUCGGGGCACACCAUCCCCUCCACGUGACCAUGCUCCCUAACCCCUCCCACCUGGAAGCCGUGAACCCCGUGGCUGUCGGGAAGACCCGUGGGAGGCAGCAGUCGAGGCAGGAUGGGGACUACUCUCCAGACAGUUCGGCUCAGCCUGGGGACAAAGUCAUUUGCCUGCAGGUUCACGGUGAUGCUUCUUUCUGUGGCCAAGGGAUCGUUCCUGAAACAUUUACGCUCUCGAAUCUCCCACAUUUCAGAAUUGGUGGGAGCAUCCAUCUGAUUGUCAAUAACCAGCUGGGCUACACCACUCCUGCAGAGAGAGGAAGGUCUUCCUUGUACUGCAGUGACAUCGGGAAGCUUGUGGGCUGUGCCAUCAUCCACGUCAAUGGAGACAGCCCGGAGGAGGUGGUCCACGCGGCACGACUGGCCUUGGAGUAUCAGCGCCAGUUCCGGAAGGACGUGAUUGUUGACUUGCUGUGCUACAGGCAGUGGGGCCACAAUGAGCUGGAUGAGCCCUUGUUCACCAACCCGGUCAUGUACCAGAUCAUCAGAGCCCGGAAGAGCAUCCCCGACACAUAUGCCGAGAACCUUGUGGCCAGUGGACUCAUGACCCAGGAGGAGGUGUCAGAAAUCAAAGCCUCCUACUACGCGAAGUUGAACGGCCAUUUAGCUAACAUGGCCCACUACAGCCCACCUGCCACGCACCUGCAGGCCCACUGGCGGGGCCUGGUUCAGCCGGAAGCGUCCAUCACCACCUGGAACACAGGGGUGCCCCCUGACCUCCUGCGGUUUAUCGGCAGGAAGUCUGUGGAGGUGCCAGAGGAGCUCCAGGUGCACAGUCACCUUCUGAAGAUGUUUGUUCAGUCCCGAUUGGAGAAAGUGAUGGAUGGAACAAAGUUAGACUGGGCCACAGCUGAAGCUCUUGCCUUGGGUUCAUUGCUUGCUGAAGGUUUUAAUGUCCGACUGAGUGGCCAGGAUGUUGGCCGUGGAACCUUCAGCCAGAGGCAUGCAAUGGUUGUCUGCCAGAAGACUGAUGACACCUAUAUCCCCCUGAACCAUAUGGACCCUAAUCAGAAGGGGUUUCUAGAGGUUAGCAACAGCCCGCUGUCGGAAGAGGCUGUCCUGGGAUUCGAGUAUGGGAUGAGCAUCGAAAGCCCGAAGCUGCUGCCCCUCUGGGAGGCUCAGUUUGGCGAUUUCUUCAACGGCGCCCAGAUCAUCUUUGACACGUUCAUCUCCGGAGGAGAGGCCAAGUGGCUCCUGCAGAGUGGCCUCGUCGUCCUCCUCCCGCAUGGCUACGACGGGGCUGGGCCGGACCACUCGUCUUGUCGGAUAGAGCGUUUCUUGCAGAUGUGUGACAGCGUGGAAGAGGGCGUGGACGGGGACACCGUGAACAUGUCCGUGGUCCACCCCACCACGCCCGCCCAGUACUUCCACCUGCUCAGGAGACAGAUGGUCCGAAAUUUCAGGAAACCCCUCAUCGUCGCCUCUCCGAAGACAUUGCUCAGACUCCCUGCAGCUGUGUCAACUCUUCAAGAAAUGGCCCCAGGAACAACAUUCAAACCAGUCAUUGGUGAUUCAUCUGUGGAUCCCCAAAAGGUGAAGAGUCUAGUGUUCUGCUCUGGCAAACAUUUCUAUGCUCUGCUAAAGCAAAGAGACUCUCUGGAGGCCAAGAAGCAUGACUUUGCCAUCAUCCGAAUAGAAGAACUCUGUCCUUUCCCAUUAGAUUCGCUGCAGCAAGAGAUGAGCAGAUACAAACACGUUAGAGGAAAGCCCCAGUUCUUCGCCAUCAACAUCGAGAGCCGUGUAGCCUGAGGCCUGCCCUUGGAUUGCACCAUACAGGCAGGCUUCAGCCUUCCCUUGGUUUUUUACUGUACAGACAGGCUUCUAUCCUGACCAGAAGCCCACCUUCGGCUUGCAUUGUUCAGGUGAGCUUCCUUCCUUGGUUAGGAACCUGCCUUUGGGUUUUUCUUCAGGCAAGGUCCCUUCCUCGAGUCCCUGCAGUUUUUUGGAUCCCUGCAAAUACACAUCUCACAAAGGACGAUACAGAAUAUUUAAAGAGCGCUGAAAACUUGAACAGUGAGAAAACAUAUAGUCCAGUUUUUCAAAAGGUACAAAAGAAUUGAACAGGGAUUUACCAAACACCCAGAGGCAAAUAACCAUAUGAAAAGCCCCUCAAUAUAACUAGAGAUAGAGAAAUGCAAACUAAACCAGAUUGAGAUAUGGAAACAUACCUACUAGAAUGGCUAAAAGGAAAACAAAACAAUAUCAAGGACUGAUAAGGAUGCUGAGCAGCUGGACCCUUAUUCACUGCUGGUGAGAAUGCAAGCUGGUACAGCUACUCUAGAAAACAGUGUCAG